CCGCAGCUGGGUCCCGCACUGCCCCCCUCGCCGGGCCCGCGCCGGGAUGGGGUAGGGGCAGCGCCACCGAGUUGGGCGAUGGGCCGCCCUCUGGGCACCGAGCAGCCCCCCGAGGCCUGACCGACCGCGAGGACCGGCGGAGGAGCCCCGCCUGGAUGUCAAGCGGAUGCCCCAGUGUCUCCCAGCAGACUUGGUGGAGACCAUGGCUUCGCUGAUGCCCCUGUCCCCAUAUCUAAGCCCUACAGUCCUCCUGCUGGUCAGCUGUGACCUGGGCUUUGUGCGAGCAGACCGGCCUCCAUCUCCUGUGAAUGUGACAGUCACUCACCUCAGAGCCAACUCGGCCACUGUGUCCUGGGACGUCCCAGAAGGCAACAUCGUCAUUGGCUACUCCAUUUCCCAGCAACGACAGAAUGGCCCUGGGCAGCGUGUGAUCAGGGAGGUGAACACCACCACUCGGGCCUGUGCCCUCUGGGGCCUGGCUGAAGACAGCGACUACACUGUGCAGGUCAGGAGCAUCGGCCUUCGGGGAGAGAGCCCGCCAGGGCCCAGGGUGCACUUCCGAACUCUCAAGGGUUCUGACCGGCUACCCUCAAACAGCUCAAGCCCAGGUGAUAUCACAGUGGAGGGUCUGGAUGGAGAGCGACCACUGCAGACGGGGGAAGUGGUCAUCAUUGUGGUGGUGUUGCUCAUGUGGGCUGCUGUAAUUGGGCUAUUCUGCCGUCAGUAUGACAUCAUCAAGGACAACGACUCCAACAACAACCCCAAGGAGAAAGGGAAGGGGCCAGAACAGAGUCCUCAGGGAAGGCCAGUGGGGACAAGACAGAAAAAGUCACCAUCCAUCAAUACCAUCGAUGUAUGAGUGAAGAAACAGAACCAGAACACAGAUGCACUAACAACCUGGGGAUGGGGAUGGGGUCAGGGAGAGCCUAAGAUGGUGACCUGCUCAAGACUGAAGGAUCCCACAGUCACCCAGAGGGUAAUGACACUCCCACAAUCUCAGGCCUGGUACCCAUCCUCUUUCCACUGUGAGCAGGGCCAGAAGGUAGGUCUGUUAGGAUCUGCGCUCCUGGACCUGGGGAGUGGUAUCAGAUGGAAUAUGUCCUCCCAUCCCCCAAGUCUAGGGGAGAGUCCUUUGUUCAAUCCUAUCCCAUUAGGUCCCAAAUGGGGCCCCAUUUCACCUGCAUCAGGACUCUUGGCAUCCCUAGCUGCCCCCACAUCUUGCCUCUGGGUUAAAGAGAGGGGUGUCUCUGUGGGUACUCCCCCUCCCCCAGCAAAUAAAAGGAAUUGUCUGGGCCUGGAGGCAGAUGCUGCACUGCACUACUCCAAUGUCUUCCAUGGAGCCUCAGGUGCUCCCCCUUUCACCUGGCAGCCCCUCCAGCUGCUGGUGAUCUCACCCCUUGGACAUUUUUCCAAUAAAGGUUCUUGGACAAACUGGA